GGGAAAUGACGAACUUGGCGGAAGUCAUCGCUAGAAAAGUGACGAGGCGCCAAAUUUAUGCCAAAAUUACAUCAACAAGUGAUAAAAUUAGUUUAAUCUUUGGUCGGUUAUGCACAUCUAUACGUUGUUUGCCAACCACUAAUAAACUGCAGAAGAAGAGGAAGAAGUUUAAUCUUUUGUGAACAGCUACAUGUGGAAAACGCAGUGUUGCAGUAGUGCUGUGCAGCAUGGCGGUGCCAUUCGUGGAAGACUGGGACCUCGUUCAAACGCUGGGCGAAGGAGCCUAUGGAGAAGUGAGGCUGCUGGUGAACAGACAGACAGAGGAAGCGGUAGCAGUGAAGGUGAUCGACACUUCACAGGCUAAAGAAUGUGCUGACAAUGUCAAGAAAGAGGUCUGCAUCCAUAAGAUGCUCAUCCACCCCAACAUUGUGAGGUUUUUUGGCCAUCGGAAGGAAGGGCCAACUGUUUACCUGUUUCUGGAGUACUGCACUGGAGGAGAGCUUUUUGACCGUAUCGAGCCUGACGUAGGAAUGGCAGAGAGGGAUGCUCAUAGGUGUUUCCAGCAGCUAAUAGCAGCUGUGGAGUACCUCCACAGCCUUGGCAUCACUCAUAGAGACAUAAAACCAGAGAACAUUUUGCUUGAUGACAAAGACAACCUGAAGCUUACAGAUUUUGGCAUGGCCACAAUGUUUCGUUUCAAAGGCCGAGAGCGCCUUCUGAAUCGUCUUUGUGGAACUCUUCCCUACGUCGCUCCGGAGCUUCUCAGCCAGACGGAGUACAGAGCUCAACCUGUGGAUAUCUGGGCUUGUGGGAUAGUCCUGACUGCCAUGUUGGCGGGAGAGCUGCCAUGGGACCAGCCGACUGAGAGCUGUCAGGAGUAUUCAGACUGGCUUGAGAAGAAAACAUACCUACCUCCAUGGAAGAAAAUACAACCAGUGCCUCUCGGUUUGUUGUCCAAGUUAAUGCUGGCCAGUCCGGAUGCACGAAUCACCAUUCCAGACAUACAGAAAGAUCGUUGGUUUACACAAGGAUCUCUCUGCUCAAGAGGAAACAACGUUCUAAAAUCUGAUGUUGAACUUGUACCACGACCCAACAGUGAUGACAGGGUGCAGUUUUCCAGCUCUCAGCCUGAUUUUGCAGCAGGAGGCUGGGAAGCCAUGUUGGUAUUUGGUCAAACUGAAGGUCAAGUGAGCUUCUCCCAGCCGACGAAGCCUGAACACAUGUUACUGGGGAGUCAGUUGCUAGGCACACCUGGAGCCAGUCAGUCACCUUUUCAGAGAUUAGUGCGGAGAAUGACGCGUUUCUUCACCAACGUGAAUGCCGAUACCUCCUUAUCUGCCCUGAAAGACAUCUGUGAUGGUCUGGCACUUGGCUUCAAACUCACCUGCCCCAAACAGGUGACGCUGAGCACGCUGGACAAACGGAACAACAAACUCAUCUUCAAAGUCCAUUUACUAGAGAUGGAUCAGAGGGUGCUGCUGGACUUCAGAUUAUCCAAGGGUGACGGUUUGGAGUUCAAGCGUCUCUUUGUGAAGAUGAAACAGAAGCUCGGUGACAUUGUCAGCACUCAGAAGAUUUUGCUCCCCUUCACAUAAGUGGCUUCUACAAACCCACUGUUAAGGACCUUGGAGAGACAAGCUGUACAUAUUUACAUGUUCUGUUGUUUGUUCUCUUUAGAAAUGUUGAGACUUGUCUUCUUAUAUCCUUGUGAAUUAGGAGGGCAAAGAAAAAUCAGGUCAUGUCUCUGAUGUGUUAGUGUUUUAUAGGUUUUAGUUUCUGGUUAGAAUGUGACUGCAGGUAAAGUUAUGUGCAGAGGGAUGGCGGAGCAUGGCUGUCCUUCAUCUGAACUUGCAAAGACUGAGAUCUUCUCAUUAUGUUUGAUAUGAUACAAUCCAAAGUUAAAUAAAUAAUUAAAAUACCAACAGAG